CGUAGAAAAGCAGUGACGUCAUUGCGGUGAUGAGAGCAGGAUAAUCUCCUUAGAGGUCUGAGCAGAUCCUUGCAUCCUUAUAGUGUUAUUUGUCCUUUAAUUCCUAUUUAUCUACGAAAUGGCAGCGCAGAAAAUAAACGAGGCACAUGAACACAUUGCCAAAGCAGAGAAAUGCUUAAAGACAAGCAUGACCAAGUGGAAGCCGGACUACGAUGGAGCUGCUUCUGAGAUGGCCAAAGCUGCUGUGGCUUUCAAAAACGCUAAGCAGUUUGAUCAAGCAAAAGAGGCGUACCUGAAGGAGGCGGAGUACCAUACAGAAAACAAAGCAUUGUUCCAUGCUGCAAAGUCAAUUGAGCAAGCAGGUAUGAUGCUGAAGGAUAUGAAACGACUCCCGGAGGCUGUUGAACUGAUUGAGAAAGCCAGUGUGAUGUACGUAGAGAACGGAACAUCAGGAACCGCCGGCAUAGCUUUGGACAGAGCCGGCAAACUUAUUGAACCGAUAGAUCUGGAGAAAGCCGUGGACUUGUAUCAGAAAGCUGCAUCAGUUUUUGAGAACGAGGACCGGCUCAGACAGGCUGCAGAGCUGCUGGGAAAAGCGUCCAGACUUCUGGUGCGACUGCGCAGGCUGGACGAAGCAGCUGUCUCUCUGCAGAAAGAGAAAAACAUGUACAAAGAGAUUGAAAAUUAUCCCACUUGCUUCAAGAAAACCAUAGCACAAGUGCUGGUCCAUCUCCAUCGAGGUGACUUCGUAGCAGCGGAUAAGUGUGUGAAAGAGAGUUACAGUCUUCCUGGGUUCAGUAGCAGCGAAGACUGUGUUUCAAUGGAGACGUUACUGGCGGGUUAUGACGAGCAAGACGAGGAUCAGGUUUUCCGCGUGUGUAACUCACCUCUUCUUAAGUACAUGGACAACGAUUAUGCAAAGCUGGCCAUCUCUCUGAAAGUUCCUGGAGGUGGAGUGAAGAAGAAGAAAUCUAAUGCUCCACAGGGGAGCGCUAAAGGAGCGCCAGCUGCAGAGGACGAGGACGAGUAUGAAGGUGGACUGUGUUAGGUUUAUCUGGGAAACGUCAGUACUUUUGCACUAGAUAGAAAAAGAGCGAUGGAGAAUAGGCGAGAGUAUAUAUUCCUGAGAAAGGGAGUGUACGAGACUAACAAAACAUAUAGAUGUAUAUACAGUAUACUUUGUGACAAAGUGGAUGCCCUGCAAAUCCUGAUGUUUCCUGUGAAGCGUCUCGACGCCUCGAUCUCCCUGUACUGAGGAAAAAACCCCAGAAAACCUGUUUACUCAAAAUUCACGUAUAAUGUAAGCAUGUUCAUGUGAAACACUUGUUUUUAUAGAACACACACAUUUUUCACUUUAAUGUUUAUCUUUUUAAACCUCAUCUCACAGAGCAUCCGUAAAGGUUAAAAAAAAAAAAGGGAUCGUGCUUUAAUAACGUAGACACAGAAGCGCAGAAAUCUGUCGAGAAAGCGCAAGGAAACGAUAAAUCAGAAUAAUUUACCGUAUUUUAAAUUGUUGGAAAAUGACUUUUGGUGUUUACGGACUUUCGUUCGUUUCUGCAUUAUGCUACGAUCUCUGUUUUUAAGCUUUAUCAGGUGCCAUUUAGGAAUUUUAGCAUUUUAGCUAUAGCAUAUAGUGUGAGUUUUCAGUAAAUAGGUUUUCUAGGACGUGGAAAAAGUUCCGAAACUUUGGUCUGAAAAAAUAUGCUGAGAUCAGAAUAAAAAUACUGGAGUAUUCCUUUAAAUAAAUAUAUUUAAAAAAACAUAACCUAAAAGCUAUUUUUAUCUUGUCAAAUAUUGGUUGCCAAAAAUUAUUUUAUCGCAUACGUGUUAAAGUUACCAUGCUAAAACUGUGGUGUUGUCGUGUGUAUGUUGUUGUUUUAAAUAGAAAUUUGUAAAACUGUGAAUAUCACAUUGUUGGUGUGGUUUAUGCAGUCAUACAGUAUGUAUAUGUGCUGUAAAGUAACUUAUUUGUUGUGUUCUUGUCUCUUCAGAGUUCAGAGUCUCAACUUUCCAUUUAAUGUGUAGCUAUUAGAAAAAAUACAGCGCAGAAAUGUGUAAUAUUUAGUAAAGCAAGCUUAAGGAGAGCUAACCUUAUUACUGAUGAAUACUUUAAACAUCUCUUUCCAACAUUACCUGAAAAGAAAUAGCCAUAUAAAUAGAAAUUUAAUAUAAACUAAUGGUGGGAAUUCAGACUCUUUUUAGUGACUCAGAUUAUCUGAUUCAUCUCACAAUAUGAGUCGACUCCCAACCGACUCCCGAAGUCUUUUUCUCCCAUAAACAUCUACUAAAUUUUGCAAUAUUUUUUUUUUUUACAUUUUUGCUUAACUACAGCUAAAACUGUUCCCAUCUAAUGAACAAAACAUUAUUCACCAGCAAUGCAUUUUUAAAUCUGUUUGAAACAAUUGUGAAUUCAGCAAGGCACUACAAGUAUAGUACUACAGUAAGUGUUUGUGCGUUUUUUUGUUGCUUUUUUCCUGUUAUGUCUGUACUGCAUUAAAAAGAUUAUACGGAUUAACUGAGAUGAUGUACACAAGUCGGCUCUCUUAAAAGGCGUUCACCUAAAAGAGUCGACUCACUAGAUUCGCUUCGGUGUGCUGCAAUGAUUUUAGGAAUGAUUUUGCUCAGUUUGAAAUAAAUAUCAGGAUGUUUUUUUUUUUGUUUUUUUUUUGUCCUGACAGAAUAUAUUCAAUGUUCAAUGUUUACAGCGAGACUGAUGACCGUCAUAUUGUGACAUGAUGUUUAACACUGUGUUAACCGCUUAACACUGAAACCUGAGUGACUUUUAGGAUUAAAGCUGUGCUUUGAAUAUCCUUACAAUUACUGUAGUUUUAUUUUUAUCGUUAUUAUAUAUUGAGCUCAGCAAAGACAUGAGGCUGUAGAAUCAUGUGAAACAAUCCUGAUGUAAAGGAGCUUCUUGUGACUGAUGCGUUCCACUCAUGAUGCUGAUAAUGGUGAUGAAUGUACAGUACGCACAGCAAUAAACACUUCUGUCGAUGCACCGUACCCGGCCUUGCACUCGUGUGACUUGAAGAUUCAGAAGAGAACAAAUAAACGGUACUACUU